AGCGAAAGUAAAUAUUUUUGUAUUGUGUUUACAUAUAAUUUAGGUCUAAAAGUUUCUGAUCUAGAUACAUUGAGGCACACAUAUGAUCAGGCUGUCACUACUGCCUGUGAUGCUAUGAAUGAAAUUCCUUCAGAUGACCUCAAAGAGUUUCUUUAUCGUGACUAUCCUUAUUUCAUUCAUCAAUUGGAACAUAUUGAUACAACUUAUGACAUUCUAGCUUUAGUCUGCAUGAGGUGUUCAAUUAUAAAUGUCAGCCUACUGGAAGAUGUUGCCGGUUAUUUCAAAGUCAAAAAAGCCAUUACCAUCAUUAAAGAAUACAAAAAACAUAUGAAUAAGUUUAAGUCGCUUCGAAUGUUUUUAAAUGUGGAACUGUAUUCUGACAAACUAUUUCAAUGUGGAAAAAUCUCACUUGCUGUUGCUAGAGAUGUUGACAACUACACUUUAGAUGAUGCACAGGUCCUGCUAAAUACAGUAUUCAAGGAAUUAGCCCCUUAUGUCAUGAUUGAAGAAUUUGAAUAUAUCAGAGAUCAUGCUUCCUUUACUAUCAUUUGUUCCAUUCCUCUGCAAUUUCUUGCAUCACUUAAUAAAAAAGUAAAUGUUGAAGGUAAAGAAUUUUAAAAUGUAAAUUAUGUAGAAUCUGAUUUAUUUCACAGAAACUCCAGAAAAAAAAUUUAAAC